AUGUCGCGCAGCAACGAUUCUCCCCAGAAGUUUAUGUGCGCCGUUGAUGGCGAGUGGCUUGUUGCUGACAAGUUCUCUCGAACUCAGAUGGCUAAAUGGGAGAGGAUUAAGGGAGAGGAUGGCGUCACUGCUGGCAAUGCUGGAUUAAUCUGCAAAGAGCACACAAAGCAGACUACAGCACCUUAUGAAAUCCAGUGCAGUGGUCCUUGCGGUCUAUGGAAGCAUAGAGAUCACUUCAGCAAGAACCAGCGUAACAAUCCUGAUGCUCAAUGCAUAGACUGCACCCUCUGGGCGUGCAACUUCACCGGCGACGAGGCUCUUGAUGAAGCCCCGAGCUUUUACAUGCAGCAGUACGACAUCUUGUCGCAGGCGAUGGAAGUACAAGAGGAGGCUCCUGCCUUCGCGGCUCCCGGUGCGGCUCUUGGGGACAGACCCAACCAGCUACUUCCAGCCGACCAUGAUGCUCAUGAUAACGGAGUUGAGGUAGGAGAAGUUGACGAGUCGGUGCUUCGUUCCAUCACUUCCAUGUUGUUGGUCGAUUCCGACGGCCAGCCUGCCGAUCUUCCGCCUAGCCAUCCUGAUCACAGGGGCCCUGCAAGAGCUACUACCACUCCGGCUGUCGAGAACACUACCGAUGGUGGUUACCUUCCGUCGAUUGAUACUUCCACUGUCACCGCCACUGCAACCUCCACUGCAACAGCCACCGCAAACGCCAGUGACGGAAAGGAUGCACGCAUGGAUCGACUCUACGGUUAUAAUCCCUUUGACCCUUCUGGUAAGAGUGCCAAAACGGCUUCGAACGAUGGCUCUGGUGAACCGAGCGGCGAACCGAGCAGCAAGGCCGAAUCAAAGGUUUCGGAGGACCAAUCCGGUAAAUGGUUCAGAGGUGAUUCUCGUCGAGUAUUUUACGCGGCGCCAGCUUAUGCGAAUCGUAUGACAGACUUAGCGAAUUCUCACAUCGCCGACAGUGACAGUGAGGAUAACUAG